GAAAUAAGGAAAAACAAGGGUCAGAAAUACUGACUGUGCUGCUCCAGGCCUUAAAAAACAUUGUGAGCUCCAACUCUCUUCCUGUGCAGAAAGUACUGUCCCUCAUUGACAUCACUGCCAAGGAGUUGCCUCCCAAAGUGUUGGGCUCACCAGCUUAUCAGGUUGCUGAUAUGGAUCUCCUAAAUGGAACACCAGCUUUGUUCUUAAUCCAGUUGCCUUUCCACAACAACCUCUUGGAAUGCUGUGUGACUGAUGAGAGGUUCUUUGUCAUUCUGGAAACACUUGUGGGUUAUGUUCUGUCUGGGCCUACAUCUCCCCUGGCUUUCAGUGAGUCUGUCAUCUGUGUUAUUAACCAGAGUGCAAAGCAAGUGGAGAACAAGGAGCAUCUCUGGAGAAUGUGGAGUACUGUUGUUAAUCCUCUGACUGAAUGGAUUAAUGAGACGAACGAGGUGAAUCAGGGAGAUGCCCUGGAACACAACUUCAGUGCUGUUUACAGUGCUCUGCUGCUGCCAGUCUCACACAUCUUCCCUGCUCAGCGACUCCCCCAGCCAACCCUGAAGUCCUUGCUGGGCACUUGGUCAGACCUGUACCGAGCGUUCGCUCGCUGUGCUGCUCUGGUGGCUACAGCAGAAGAAAACGUGUGCUGUGAAGAGCUCUGUGCCAAAAUAAUCUCUGGGCUAGAAGGUGAAACUCCAGUAAUGUUCUCCAUGAUGGAUGGUCUCACCCACGUUGUGUCAGUCAUGGUUGACUGCAUCAGCUUUGCACCCUAUGGUACUAAGUAUCAGCCAAAAGCCAGAUCUCCCCAGACCCCUACAGACUGGUCCAGGAAGAAGAAGGAGCCCCUGGGGAAGCUUUCCUCUCUCUUCAAACUCCUGGUGAUGUUACUCAACUCUUUCCAUGAGCUCAGUUCCAAAGAAACCCAUUCAGACACGUUGGUCUCUGUUGGCCCUUCACUCCUUGCUGCUCUUCACCACGUCAUCAGCCACAUCUCAUUGCCCUCAGUGAUUGGCACCAUGUUUGCCACCUUUUCCAAACCCCUGGCAGGCUUCUAUGAGAAAACCAAACUUGCUGAGGUGCCUGAAGUCUACAGCAACCUCAACAACAAGCUGGAGAAGCUCCUGGCAGAGCUGCUGCAGUGUGUGCAGUCUCACUGCACAGGCUCCUAUGACAGUGAGCUGCUGGAGCAGCUCUCACCACUGCUCUCCGUGCUGUUCCAGCACAGGAGCAAACAGAUCCGUAACCAGUGUGCCCAGUUCUGGAAUUCCACCUUUGCCAAGUCUGCCUCACUGACCUAUCCUCAGGAGCUAAAAUGUGUGUUAAGCCAAGCCAAAAAGAACAUUCCUCUCUUGCUGCCUUGUUUUGAGAGCAUUGAGAUAGCUGAAGAGUACAGUGGGCCCUUCUCUGACACGAUGGAAAACUCCCAGCUGCAUGCCAAGAUCAGUGGGAUGGAAGUGAACUUGGUUCCGGUCCCCAGACAGUCUGUGUUGGUACACACGAGUGAAGUGAAAAGCUGUGGGAAAGGCAGGGCCAGUAGGGGGCAAGGAACAGCUGCCAAGUUGAAAUUAGAAUUUUCAUUGUCAAAGAUGAAAAGUGAGAUACUUCUGGAAGAGGAGAAAUCUGCUGAUUUUGUGUUUAUCCCUCCAGAAACAAAACAAAGAGUAUUGACAGAGCAUCAGAAAGAAGUGCUUAGGUCAAAGAGAGCUGAUAUUCCUGCCAUGUACAACAACUUGGAUGCCUCCCAGGACACCACUUUGUUUUCUCAGUAUACUCAGAGCCAGGAGGAUUCUCAGGAAGUGCCACCUGUAACAGAGAGUGUCAGAGGAGGUGCUGAGACCAAACCUCAGGAAGGAGAUGCCAAGAGUGAAGGAUGCUCCAACGGAUCAGCCAGUGCUCCUGAGGGUGCUGCCCAGGGCACGGAGUCACCCGCUCCUCGCUCAGAGAGCAGCACAGCUGAGGUGAUUCCGGAGGAGCCAUCAGCUGGAGAGGGACUGGACACAAGUUCUGCAGAAGCAGAUUCAAAGGAGACCUCAGCAGGGAAUGAAAACACCUCAAACGUCAGCAACAGCUCAGCCUGCAGUGAUGUGAUCUCUGGGACACCACAGCCCGUGAGCCGGCGCCAGUCCUUCAUCACGCUGGAGAGGUUCAGUGCCUCGGGGAACAGACCCUUUGGCCUCUCAGCACUCAGCACUUUAGGAAGUGCUACUCUGGAGGGCAAACAGGACAAUGCAAAUGUAAGCAAGGCUGCUGGGAAAGCAGAGAAACCUGGAGAAGAAGGUAAAAAGCCUUCAAAAUCGGAGCCUGAGCCAGUCUCGACGCGCAGGCUGACACGCAGGCAGAGGCAAAUGGAGCUCCAGGAAAUCAAGUCCAGGCUGUUCACUAGGUCAGAGCAAGAGUCUUCUGACAGCGUAGAAAGACAUCCUGAACUGUGUUCUUCAGUAGAAGACGUGGAGCAUAUUCUCCUGAGCCACUCCCAGACUUUCAAUUCCAUAGAUGAAGACAUCAAAAAGGUGGAGGAGGCAAUAGCAGAGAUAGAAAAGACUCAAGCACUGGACGUGGAUUGCAAAGAAAAUACACCCCCAGACACCACUGCCCCACCGGAGCAGGCCACGGGGGAUGACACUCAGGGGCCACCAGUGCCUCCUCACCAGAAGGUGCUUCGACGUUCCAUGAGGCGACGGUCAGACAUGGUGGAAGGCACGUCAGGUAGUCAGGAGAAGGAGGAUUGUCAGGAUAAGUCUCUCCAAAAGAGAGACAAGCGUAAGGAAGAUGAAAAAUCGGGGCAGAAGAAGAUGUCACAGGCUAAAGAUUAUGGAGCCCAAAAGCCCAAAGCAGUUCCAGGGAACACUACUGAAAACAGAGUUCCAAAAGAGAUCAGCCAGCCUGAGAGAACCUCUGCAGGGGACUCCAGCUCCAAGGACUCUCCUGCUUCCUGCAGCCUGGAUGAGGAGGUGAACACAAGUGCCAGGAGGCCAGAAGAUCACCUGAAAGCUGAUGGGGACAGUGGUUUGAGUGCAACAGGGCAGAAGGUGGUGGAGUCCCCGCGGUACUACACCAGGAGGUGCUCACAGGGGUUGAUUUUCAGCAGUUCAGAGGCUAUGGAGAGUACAAGGAAGAGAAGACACAAAGUGAAAACCCCAAGUGAGGCUCCUGAGAGUAAAUUGAAAGAUGGACAAGCAGGAAGCCAUGAGGUGUCUUCCCAGGGGAAUGAAAGCAAGAGUCCACUGGAAGCAGACAAGGGUGAGCCCAGCCCUGAAGCCAGCAUAGAUGCUGUGCAGACAGCUGAACCCUGUGGCCUGGAAAACCAGGCAAUUCCCACAGCUGCUGGGGAAGCUGUGGGAUCUUCCAGCUCCAAGGAUCUACCUGCUGCACAGGACACCAGCAUGGAGCAAAACAGGAACAGCACGUCCAUGGAAUCAGUCAGCAGCCCCUGUGUGCCUGAGCAGGAUGGGAAGGCAGCAGAGGAAGACACACAGGAUGAGAAGCAAACCAGCACAGGGGAUUGUUCCUCUGUCGUGCCUGACUGUGCUCCAGAGGGAAAGGCCUCUGGUGCUGAGCUUUCCUCUGUUGUGCCUGACUCUGCUCCAGAGGGAAAGGCCUCGGGUGCUGAGCUUGCCUCUCUGCAAGCUCCUGAGUGCAGGCACAAGAGAAGCAAAAGGGUGAAAAAAUUCAAGAGCUGUGACUGCUGUGCUGAGACACUAAAGCUGCAAUUCAUAUCCUUCACUGUCUCAAAAGCUCAGGCUGUUCGUGAGCUGAACAAGCUCCUAACCACCCCAGUGCAGACACCUGAGGGUGCAGCAGAGGUGUCUGCUCACUCCAGCUCAGAGGAGAGCUUGUUCCUGGCACCUUGUGCAAUGAGCACUCCAUUGCAUCCUCCAGAGGAACCUGGCACCUUCCACUUGGAAAGCCAGGGGACAUCUGUGGACACUCUGCAAGGAAGUAGUGUGGUGGUGAAGGAGAAUCCAGAGUGGUCAGCAGGUGAAACUACUGACUCUUUAGAGGAGCUGAAAGAACCUGCUGAUCAGGAGCCAACAGAGCAGGUUCUGCCUGGGUGUGCUCCAAGUGAGCCUGGUGAGAGCUGCCUGGCCACGGGGAGCCAAAGGGAAGAAGUAAAUCAGAAUGGACAGCUGGAGGUGAUGCCUGAGGCACUGACUGAUAGCAAACCUGAGGAAAACCAGGUGGAUGAGCUGGAAGGCAAACAGGGUGAUGAAAGAGAAGCAGUGGGUACUUUAGGAGUAAACUGUGUUCUUCCAAAUGAGAUAAAGGAGGAAGGCAUGGAGACUGAAAUAGCAGUGCCUGAAAACACAGCCUUGGAAAACAGCAGUGAGGAUUCUCCUCAGAAGGUGCACAAUGAUUCCUUGGGGUCGGUGAGUGAAAGCCCCAACGGCACACAGACACGCUGCACCUGGUCCCCCUCUGCCUCCCCAUCCACCAGCAUCCUGAAGAGAGGUGUCAAAAGGAGUCAGGAUGAUGACUGCCUGUCCCCUGUGAACAAGAUGCGUCGAGUCUCAUUUGCAAACCCCAUUUACCAGGAGGGACUGGCAGAUGACAUAGACAGGAGAAGUCCUGUCAUUAGGUCCCACUCCUCACCCUCCUCCAGAAGCCUUAAAACUUUAUCUGCCGUUCAGCCCAAGCACAUUACCACUCCAACCAAAGGAUUUCUGUCCCCAGGAUCUCGUACCCCUAAAUUUAAGAGCUCAAAGAAGUGCUUAAUCACAGAAAUGGCCCAGGUGUCACUGCCAUGCCCUGAUGAACAUGUGUAUCCUGCCCUGGCUGACUGCAAGGCUCCUGUGGAUGUCAUUUUACCUCAGAUCACUUCAAACAUCUGUGCCAGAGGCUUGGAGCAGCUCAUCCGAGCGAAGAACAUCAAGACAGUGGGUGACCUGAGCACUCUGACAGCGUCUGAGGUCAAAACUCUGCCCAUCCGCUCUCCCAAGAUCUUCAAUGUCAAAAAAGCCCUUAAAGGGUAUCAUGAGCAACAGGUGAAGUCUCGGGUGCCGGAGGAAAUGUCAGCGCUGGAAGAUGCAGAAAAGCCUGUAAAUGGCCUGGAGGAUAAAUCUCUCUGUGCAGAUGAGGAAAAACUUGCAACAGCCCUGGCUGAGCCAGCCGUGCAGAGCAGGGAGCAGCCCCCAGCAGACCUCCCGAGCCAGAUCCACGCCCUGGCAGCACAGGUGACCUCUGAGCACCUCCACAGCUACUCGGGCAGCCAACUCUUCGAGAUGCACGAGACUCUGGCUGCCAUGACCAGCUGCAUCCUGAGGAACCUGCAGUCCCGCUGGAAAUCGCCUCCCCACAAGAGCUCUGAGUAG